UGAUGAUUUUUGGAGGAUUUGUUUAGUGUUUAGUGUUUACCAAUAAUGUUUGAUAAAAAGGAGUGAUAUACCGUAAGUAUUCCGAUAAAGGUCGGCGGAUUGUACAGGCGCUGGGUAAACUUGGGAGGAUCAUGGAUCAACUCAACCAUAUGUUUUACCAUGUAAAGGAUUCGGAGCUGCAAGGUGCUUCCGUGGAUGAAAAAAUGCUGACGAUUCUUGAUCAUAAAGGUGUCCUUCAGAGAACUCCGGUGAUUGACGAACGAUGGAUAGUCUUAAGUUUUUCGUGUCGGUAUCAGCCGUACCCUGUGGCCGUAUUGUGCGGACCCGGAGCUUCUGCUGACAAGAAGACAACAGAAUUCUUGAAUGCCUGGCGAGACGCGGCUAGAGUGUAUUGCGACGAAUUGACGAAGUUGUUGAAUAUGACCUACGAUCGGUUUUGGUGCCAUGCCUUGUUUCGAUCGGAUCAGCUGCUUCAUUUUCUUCGGUCGUUUCUUAUGCACGGAACCCGCUCUUUCGAUUUGGUAGCCAUGAGUAAGGACGAUUUAUCACUUCAUUCGCGUAUCUCGGGAUUGGUAUUUAUUUGCGUUUUGACGCUUUGUUGCAAUCGUCGAACGAAGCACGAACAUAUUUCUCCGAAAAGACAUGCUGCCUUCCUGCAGAAAUUUAUCAAAUUACCUUUCCUGUUUGACAUGUGUGCCCUGUAUGGACAAGAAGGUAUGCGACAUGAGUUCCUGAAAAAGAUUCUGUUUGUCUGCUUCAAAGAAUACCGGCGGCUUCUAACGGAGAUCCGAAACGGAAUCCGCGAUUUAGGCGAUACGAUUUUUCAUUUAUGGGAGGAAAAGUUUUGUGGCACGGAUGAAAUGUCGGUACCCUCACUGGAAGGUUUCCCAUCGGAAGAUUUGGUUUUGGCCAAUGGUUACAUUUGCGAUAUCACCUGUUCCCUACAGCGCUUUGUUAGAGCGGUUGCUGGCAACACGGAUAUUAUUGCGGCCAUACGAGAUGCUAAACUGGCGGCUAGACUCAUUCAACUGGGAAAUACCGUUAUCUGGAAUAUCAAUAAAGAAAUUUGCAAUAGACUGAACGAUAGUGCUUCUCAUAUUGCGGUUGAAUUGGAUUCCCUCAGAAAGGCUCACCGCCAGGGCAUGUUGAUUGAAUUCGCCAUUGUGGAUGUCUUCCGCCAGUUGGAGUUGUUAGGUUUGGUAUCCGAUCCUGUCGUCCCCCAGGAUAUGCAAAAAGCUUGGGCAAUAUUGUUCGAUGUCAUACCGCAAAACAAACGCUUUGCAAUUCUGUACGAAAAAUGGACGCCCAUUGGUGUGGAUGUUAGCAAAGCGAAAAGCUCUGGAAAGCUUGACGAAUCUGUUUUGGAUCGCCUUGCACAUUACGUCAAGGAAGCAUUUCACAGUGAAAAGUUGCAAUGGGAUUAUGCGGAAAGUGGCAAGCAACAGCGAAAAGAAAGUGUUCCACUAAAAACAAAGCCCCCGUUGGAUGCCCUAACCCAGAAAGCGGUCAGCUUCUCAGUGAACGAUGACCAUUUGGAAACCGCGGCUCAAGAAAUUAUGGGGUUACUGGGCGAUAGCAACAUAAAUUACGUUAAGGCAUGCUUGAAACAUUUCAACAUGGAUAAGGAUAAAGCUGUUGAUGCGAUUCUGAGCGGGGACGUUCCAGUCAGUCUUUCUGAACAUAUAGCUGAUGUUACGUCCAGCGAACCAUCUGUUCCGAUACUUAAGCCUUCAGGAUCGUCAAAAGGUGCUACAACGUCUGCAACAUCAGCCGCUCCUUUUGGCAACAUGCCAAAUCUACAGGGCACAAGAAGUGGAGUGGUUAAUCCGGGAAAUUUCAUUGAGAAGGUUUAUUAUGGCAAACGAGAUUCGUACGAAGAAAUUGAAGAAGGUGGGGUGCCGGAUGAUACGAAAGCGAUUACUAUUGCCAUGGCCAGAGUUUAUGACGAUGAAUACGACGAUACGUACGAUGAUAUCGAAGCUGAUGAUGUGAUGCGCUUGAACGAUCGGAUUGAUCUUGUUGAAAAUGAACUGAAGCGAAUGGGAAAAGACAAAGAUAGUUCCGAAGAAGUGUCAGAGGAUGAAGCCACUCCCGCUCAAAGAAAAAAUGUCCCUCAAGGUAUGCGUCCACAACAACGGCAAAUUUCAAAUCGUGGUGACCCGCAAGGAGCUCGUGGUCAAGGUAAUUUCCGCGGUCGAGGCCGACCACCACGAGCACCAAGGGGGAAUCAGAGGGUGCAGCACGAUGAGGAGCCCGCACCCGAAAUGUCUGCGGAGGCAAGACAGGCGAGAGCCGCUCAGUUGAAUGAUGUCUGGGUAGCUCAGAUGGCGCAGAAUUUCGAAGCCCAAACAAACAGACGAAAUGCCGGCCCCGGAAAUGCUCCUCGCGGAAACAGCGAGCAACAGGUGCAGAAAAAUAAAGAACAGAAUAAAGCCCAUUACGCUAACCAUAAUCGAAAAGGCAGAGGUCAAUGGAAAAGAAGUCAAGGAAUGUACUAAUAUAGCUAAAUUUUUACAUAUUGUAUGAUUGAUUCGACAUGCUUUUGACCGCUGGAAUAUGAAGACCUUUCAACCGGUGCGUAUGUGUUCGGUGCUUUUAAGGUGUGAGCUUUUGAUUAAUACUGCGAAUGAUUGGAAAAACAAAAUUGUCAGAAUUUUAAGUAAAACCUUGCAUCUCGUCAA